AUAGCUCCGGCGAGACACACCGCGGACGUACGCCCAACCGACGAACAAAAUAGGCCCAUCCCCUCGCCUAUAAACACCCGGCGAUCUCCGUCGGGAGCUCCGCCAUUUCUCCUCCCACGAGCAAAAUGGCGCUGAGAGCGCUGCUGUGUCUCGCCGUCGCGGUCGUCGCGCUCUCGCGGCCGGCCGCCGCCCAGGGCAUCCCGCCUCCAGGGCCCAAGGAGGCGGACCUGAUCGUGGCGCUGCCGGGGCAGCCUCCGCUCGCGCAGCUGCGGCAGUACUCCGGCUACAUCGACGUCGACCAGGCCGCGGGGAAGUCGCUCUUCUACUACUUCGUGGAGGCGCCCGUCGAUCCCGCUCACAAGCCGCUCGUCCUCUGGCUCAACGGAGGGCCUGGCUGCUCCUCCUUCGGGCUUGGGGCGUUCGAGGAGGUUGGCCCCUUCCGCGUCGACACGGACGGCAGGACCCUCUGCCCGAACCCCUACUCCUGGACCGCCGCGGCGAACCUGCUGUUCCUGGAGAGCCCCGUGGGCGUGGGCUUCUCCUACGCCCUGAACGAGGAGGUGUACAAGACCAUGGGGGACAACAUGACGGCCAUCGACUCGCACGCCUUCCUGCUCAGGUGGUUCGACCGCUUCCCCGAGUACAAGGGCCGCGACUUCUUCAUCCUCGGCGAGAGCUACGCCGGCCACUACAUCCCGGAGCUGGCCGUCACCAUCCAGGUCCUCAACAAGGACCCCAAGCUCACCCCCAUCAACCUCAAAGGAAUCUCCAUCGGGAACGGCAUACUGGAGUUCGCGGAGGAGCAGGCGGAGCUGUACGAGUACCUGUGGCACCGCGCCUUCAUAUCCGACUCGGCGCACGACACCAUCGCCAAGCACUGCAAGGGCCCCGACGACCUCUCCACCGUCUGCCAGGCCGCCAGGGACACCGCCUACGGCAACACCGGCGACAUCAGCGCAUUCAACGUCUACGCGCCCACUUGCCACGACAAGAAAGUCAGGCCAACAGGCUCCAAGUGCACGGACAUUGCCGGUCCCUGCAUCGGGCACUUUGUGGAGUCCUACCUGAACCAGGUCCAAGUGCAAAGGGCGAUCCACGCCAACACGGCGCUCAAGUAUCCGUGGGUCGCAUGCAGAACCCGGCUCUACAACCUGAAACGGUUCGGGGACUCGCCGGUGACGAUGCUGCCACACCUCAAGGCCCUGGUCACCACCGGCAUCCGCAUCUGGCUAUUCAGGUCAGUAAAUAAACACUUGCCUUCAGUCGAUCCGAUGGGUGCAAUCAACCAAUCAGUAUGGUUGGGGCGGUGCAGCGGCGACUUCGACGCGAUGGUGCCGGUGACGGCGACGAAGCGGUCGGUGGAGAAGCUGCAGCUGGGCGUGGAGAAGGACUGGCGGCCGUGGUCGCCGGGGCCGGGCAAGGACGUGGCCGGGUACGUGAUCGCGUACAAGGGGCUGGUGCUGGCCACGGUGCGCGGCUCCGGCCACAUGGUCAACAUCGACCAGCCGGAGCGGGGGUUCGCGCUCUUCACGUCCUUCCUCCGAGGCGAGCCGCUGCCGUCCGCCUUGCCGCAGACCGACUGAGGCCAUUGGCGAGGCGUGUACGUUGCUCGCGUGUAUAUGAUGAUGAUGAUGAUGAAUUGAUGGUGAUCGAUGGUUCACUUGGCUUGUGCUGCUGCCUGUGGGUGUGAGGAAACUCGUGUACGUACGUGACCCUUUGGCGCUGAUUGACAUUAUCCA